CGGGGGCCGCUCUCCCGAUCUGAAGGGGGCCGCUUUUCAUCAGAGUCCAGCCGCUCCCUGAGUCCCAGCCCCCAAUCCAGAGGCACCUAAGGAGAGGCUGUUCCGGAACGGGGUUCUGGCCCUGGCAGGCUGGGCCCCCAGGUGGACUGCCCCUGCCUCCUCUCAGCCUCCGCUUGUGCUUCCCACCUGACACCAUGGGUACGGUCCUGUCCCUUUCCCCCAGCUACCGGAAGGCCACGAUCUUUGAGGAUGGCUCAGCCACUGUGGGCCAUUACACCGCUGUGCAAAACAGCAAGAACGCCAAGGACAAGAGCUUGAAAAGACACUCCAUCAUCUCUGUGUUGCCCUGGAAGAGGAUCGUGGCCGUGUCAGCCAAGAAGAAAAACUCCAAGAAGGUCCAGCCCAACAGCAGCUACCAGAACAACAUCACCCACCUGAACAAUGAGAACCUGAAGAAGUCGCUCUCUUGCGCCAACCUGUCCACAUUCGCCCAGCCCCAGCCCACCCAGCCUCCGGCCCCCAGUGCCAACCAGCUGUCCGGUUCCCAGACUGCUGUGUCCUCCGUCAAGAAGGCCCCCCACUCCAACUCCACUGCUCCUGGGACGCCCAAGCGGGUCAUCGUCCAGGCCUCCACCAGUGAACUCCUGCGGUGCUUGGGGGAGUUCCUGUGCCGGAGAUGCUACCGCCUGAAGCACCUGUCCCCCACGGACCCAGUGCUCUGGUUGAGAAGCGUUGACCGCUCUCUGCUCCUUCAAGGCUGGCAGGACCAGGGCUUCAUCACGCCGGCCAACGUGGUCUUCCUGUAUAUGCUCUGCAGGGACGUCAUUUCCUCCGAGGUGGCCACAGACCAUGAGCUCCAGGCUGUCCUGUUGACCUGCCUAUACCUCUCCUACUCCUACAUGGGUAACGAGAUCUCCUACCCGCUCAAGCCCUUCCUGGUGGAGAGCUGUAAGGAGGCAUUUUGGGACCGCUGCCUCUCCAUUAUCAAUCUCAUGAGCCCCAAGAUGCUCCAGAUUAAUGCUGACCCCCACUACUUCACUCAGGUGUUUGCUGACCUGAAGAAUGAAUGCAGUCAGGAGGACAAGAAUCGGCUCCUUAUCGGGCUCGACCGGUGAAUUCCACUCCUGCGUGUGCGGCUUACGGGAACAGUACAUUUUUUUAAUUUAUUAUUAAACACGAAGUUUUGUGAACAUAUGUGUCUAGCAAAGCCACUGAAGGACCUCCCUAUUCUUGGCCUCCCCUACCCUGGUUUAGUCCAGCCCUGGUCCUUAACUUCUGACUGCUCUGGGGAGCAUUUUUUUGGGGGGGGUGUAGGAACCUUUUGCAGAGUUUAGGUGAUGAUUUCCAAGUUGUUUUCUGGCCACUGAAUCCUUGCUCUCUGUAACUUCCAAGGACUGGCUAUUCUUGCCCCUUAUUACACCCCCUUCGCCCCCUCCCCUUUGCCUGGUCCUGGGAAUGGGGUGAGGUGAGGAGAUACUGAACUUUGAGAUGGAGAGGCCUUAGCUUAUCCCACAAGAGACCCCUUGUUCUAGAAAUGGAUCUUACUCUUCCUGGCUGAAGUCCCCCGUACUCACCCAGCUCUACCCCUAUCCCCCUUCCGAAAUCCCAGGGAGGGGGAGGAAUUCAUUUCUCCAAGUGGCAGCUGUGUCCUGAAUGACUGGGGGCUCCUCCCAAGGAUACCAGCCUGGGCCUUGCUAAUACAGUGAGCUGGAACCUCUCAGUUCCUGGCUGCCCUGGAACUAACUUUAGCCCACAUCGCUCUAAUUAGCAGAAAAUGGAUGAUAGAGGGAAGAAAAUCAAUCUUGAAUUUUUUUUAACCUUAUGUUAUUAUGCUGGGUGUUUUGGGGGAAAUUUCUCAGAGUGGGAAAAAGGAAGGCCUGUACUUUAGAGUUCUACCCUCCCUGUCCUGCUUCUUCUUUAUCCCAGGCCUGAGGUGUUCACACCUUUCUAGUGAAGCUGGUUGGGCUCAUUAGACUAUCUAGAUUUCUGGUAGCAGCUUCGUGAGUCCCAGGACACAGUCCCUGGGACUGUGCUUAGGGAUCCCUUCUUUUUUUUUGGAGAAUAAUUUAUCUGAAUAAUGCCACCUAGUCAGCUGGUGUGUCACACCUGUGGAUGGGGGAUACUGCUCUAGCUGCCUGGCAGCAGCCUGGCUCCCUUGUGGGAAGGCCCAGUGGACUCUUGAGUUGGUGCUUAGCUCAGGACGGGGGCUACUUGCGGGUCCAAAUGGCACAGGGCCUGCAGAGCUCAAGCAGCUGGUUCAGUUGAUCUGGGCCAGCCCUGGUGUCGAGGUGCCUCACUCUCCCCCUCCCCCCUGCCAAUUUCAAGCUGUUUCCAAACAGCUUGUACAAAGCCCCCCCAGGCCCCAGGAUGGGAAUUGGAUCUCGUAGACAAUUAUGAAAUCGGGACUCACACCCUAAUUGCUCCUGGAGCCUGUUCAGUUGACAACGUGUCAUCCAAAACCACUGGUCCUCACCUUUUCCAGUGGCUGCCAUGGACACCACGUUUGUGACGUUGGGGGUGCUCGGCUCUUUAAGGUACCUUUAGUAGCUUGGGUCGUUAGGGACGAUGAGAGGAGGAAGCAGGUCUGUUUCAGUAACCCUUCACCCUGGCCGUGAGAAACAAAGGUGACUAACACUACGAGAUGUUCUUCCCUUUGGCCUGACAACCCGGGGAAAGGUUUGCCCUGUUGGUGCUGGAAUUCGUACAGAAUGGGAGAUAAAGGGUCAUUUUGUGUAGGGUUAGGUAGAACACUAAUUAGAUGGUUGCUGGAGUCAGCAGCAAGCACUCCCGGAGUGAAAAAUCAAAAUGAAUUUUUUUUUUUAACAAAAAAGAAAAAGAAAAAAAGGAAGAGAAAGCUGUGAAAUCGGCCUUUGGCUUAUGAUGUCUGGAGCAGGCAGCCAACUUGAGUCAGCCUGUGGUGCCCAGAGGGAUGUAGGCGAGGGUGCCCAGACUGCACAGGUAAGGAAGGAGAGCGUCUGCCCAGCCUCAGUGGUGAGGCCUCAACUGAGCCAUUAACGUGGACUGUAAGAUAUUCUUUGGACAAGUAACUGGAAGAAGGAGCCUCUGCAAAGUGACCAGCAGCUCAGCUGGACAGCUGGAGUCUCCCUUGAUUGACUUUUCCUGUGGUUUAUUCCCCAAAGGAGGGAGCUUUGGGUGCCAAGUAACUGAAGGAAGAAUGAAGGUGACUUGUUUUUAAUCCCAAGUCAGGCUAGGUGAGCCUGGACUGAAACUCUCUGGUUGAGCUCCUUUGAUUGGAUUCCAGUUUGGGGACUGUUUCCUUCUCUUUCCCUGUAUUUAUUUAUUUUUUUUCCCGGAGGGGAGGAGGAGGUGGAGAUGGAAGUUUCAGAAGUGGUUGGGGCCUAAAGGAAAAGAAAUCAACCAUGUAGUUAAAUCAUUGUAAUUAUAUAUUGUUCUCUGCCCCUCUCCUUCCCUGCACCGAUCACCAGUGUUGUGUAAAGGACCAACUGAUAUACUUGAGUGUGCAAGCAAUGAACACAACUGACAUGCUGCUAUGAAGAAUACUUUUAGAACAAAAAGAAAAAAAAAAGAAAAAAGAAACUAACCAACAACAAAAAAAAAACAAAAAACAACCCCUUUCUUCUUUGUUGCUUUUUACAGUGAUCCUGUGCAUGCAAACAGGCGCAUUUUGUGUCUUCAGAAAAUAAUCUUAGAACAGAUGGUUGUGAACAUUUACACCCAUGCACAAACCAAGUCAGAGGAAUCUCUCUCAGUAUCUGGUUUCUCUCCUUCCCCCCCCCCUUCUUCCCAUCAGUCCUGGGGGGAUCGAUGGAUUACUUACCGUGCAGUUUUUAGGGUUUGGUUUGGUUCCAGCAAUUGUUAAACUUGCAAUGGAAAAAAAAUGUGCCAUUUCCCCCCUUCUUCCCUUGCCCCCCCACUUGAAAUGAUCCACAGCUGUAUAUUUGAAACUGCUAAUUACCCAUGUGCGUGUGGUGUAUGUUGUUUUUUUUUUUAGUGCAAUUUCCUCUGUAGAUCUCCUUUGACCAAAUUGUGGGUGUUGUUAAUAUUAAUUUAUAUUUGUCUCAUUUUGUAUGUAUGUGUAGCGUGUUUGUAAGUAUGUGUGGUUUAUAAUCUGACAAAGUCAUGAAGCUCAGUCUGGCUGUAAUUUA